UUGGCAAAAUGGUUAUGGUAUGCUUAGGUCUGAACUGUCACUGAGACCAGAUGGAACCUCUGGACCCUGAUCGCAUAUUCUGCCUAAUAAAUUUUUACUGUCAGUUGUUUGAAAAGGUUUUACCGCCAUAUUAGUUAGCUAGAGCACAUCUUCAUAAUCACAGGUGGAUCUAGACUUAUACUAGUAUGUAGGGUGCAUAUGUGUAGCAGUGUGAAAGUGUGGAUCUUUGCGCAACAUUUCAUAGGGUCUGUUCCUGUCAUUUACAAUUUGUUGUGCUUUUAUUUAUGUUCUUCUACUUAGUUUUUGCUAAUUCUAUUGCACUCAUUGCAUAGCUGGUGGCUUUUAUGUUGUCCGGAACCUUCCAGCUUACAAUAAAAUCAACUUGUGCAUAUCAUGCUAACGUUGUAUCAUGCGCAAGUGGCAGGGGUUAAAGUACGCACAAAUUUCCACGAGUUCUUGUCUGUUGUUGCUACUACCAUCUAAUACUGGUUGUUGGUUCAGUAUGACGCACACAAGUUGGUAUUGGUCCAUCGGCUUCUCUAGUCUAGAUUACAAUAGUCAUAACAGCUGCCCUAUUUACUAACAUGACAGGACACCAGCGUCAGUUCUCACUAAUCAAUUGUUCCUCCAGGUAUGCAUAUCACUUUUUCACAACUUACAUAUUACAGUAGAAGAGGUUAUGGAUAAUGAUAUUCUGCAAAUAAGAUGUCUGCUGAAAAAGUGACUGUUUUGUAAGGACCUUUAUGCACAGUCAUAUCAAGGUUAUGCAUAAUAUCAUGGCAGUCUGUCUGAGAGUAGAUUUUUAAGUGCCUUAUGUGCCAUCCGUACUAAUAUCCUGCAGUGCAUGUCUUUAUAAUAGAUGUAUUUGAGAAGAGGUAUUUGCAUUGGAAUCACAUGUACUUUUCCAAACCCAUAGGAUUACUAUAUUUUGAAAAAUCACUUUAUCUGUAUGGUUGCAAAUCUACUAGUUGUAGUUAUUGUUGGUAUGUAAUCCUGUGCUGGAAAUUUCAACAGUCCAGGACCCUCUAAAUUUAAUGAAAAUAAUUUCCACCUAUGCCUGCAAUCUUUAAGCUGAUUGCAAAUUAAUGCCACCUAUCAAAUCGCCAUAGCUUCAAAGAAGCAGACUAGCAGUGUCUGAUUUCAUGAUUUGUGUUAUUUAGCAAUUUCAUCGUGAUAACAGUUGUUAAUUGGCCUUUAUUUGAAACUGCAGUUAAAUCUCUAGCUAUAUGCCACUGAAACAAUGUGAACUUAUUCAUUGUUCCAUUGACAAGUUUGGUUCAGGCCAACAUGUUAGUCAGACAGUGAGUGACACAGAAGGGACGCGGUAAACAACAGCUUCCCAGCAGAUCGUCCAAGCUUUCCUUCACAGGAAGCAACCAAGGUGAUAAACAAGAUGGUACAAUCUUCCACUGGCACGAGAGGUUGAUCUGGUCUGAAAAGCCAUGUGCAGAUGGAAGAACCUGUACCACAAUCUUGAAUAAUGCAAUGUUACAUAGUUAUUUCGAUGGGGUCAUGGAUGUCCUUAGUUCCUUCGCAGUGAGGCUGAAUAAUGCUUCUUGUCAUGAAAUAGUUCCGGUAUCCUUCUUCCCGCCCUCUCUUUGCAGUACUUCAGUUGAGCUCCUCUGCACUCAGCUGUCAGCUCCUGGCUUCCGAAAGGCAGCAGCAUAUUACGGGCCUACUCCAAUGGGGCGAUCGCUAUGCUGUGACAAGGUCGGCCUAAAGAAAGGUCCAUGGACGCCGGAGGAGGACGAGAAGCUUCUUGCCCACAUCGAGGAGCAUGGGCACGGGAGCUGGCGUGCAUUGCCCUCCAAGGCCGGUUUGCAGAGGUGCGGCAAGAGCUGCAGACUGAGAUGGACCAACUACCUGCGGCCGGACAUCAAGAGGGGCAAGUUCAGCUUGCAGGAAGAACAGACCAUCAUCCAGCUUCAUGCUCUUCUCGGCAACAGGUGGUCUGCCAUCGCGACGCACCUGUCGAGGCGCACCGACAACGAGAUCAAGAACUACUGGAACACCCACCUCAAGAAGAGGCUGGCCAAGAUGGGGAUCGACCCCGUCACCCACAAGGCCGCCAGCGGAGCUCCCGUGGGCACCGCAGACGACGUCAGAUCAGCCAAGGCCGCGGCGAGCCUGAGCCACAUGGCCCAGUGGGAGAGCGCCCGGCUCGAGGCCGAGGGGCGCCUGGCUCGAGAAUCCACGAUGCGCGCAGCAGCCUCCAGGCCAACCUCAGUCCCUCUGCACCCAAUAAACCUGCCAGAGCCUGCCGCCUCCCCGUGCCUCGGCCUGCUGCAGCCAUGGCAGGGCGCCGCGAAGCUCGACCUGGAGUCACCCACCUCCACGCUGACGUUCAUCGGUAACAAUAACAGCGUCAGCCUUGGGAUAUCCGAGAGCGACCCCACGACGUGGAGGUUGAGAGGCGAUGAUCCGGAGCGCGAAGAGGACAGUGCGCGCAGGUUCCUCCGCCAGCAGCAGAUGCAAGGGCUGGAAGGCGCGGAGAGGGGAGACGAGCACAUCAUUGGCUGCGGUGAGGAGCCGUGGUUCCAAGAAACCGUUGGCGUCGGGGCCGGCCUCACAGACGUGCUGCUCGCUGGAUCUGGUGUCGGUGCGCACGGUGCACUGGAGUGCUGGGGCGAGUCCGGCAAUGGCCAGGCCGAGCACGGCGGCCUGGUCUCGGGCGACGGAGAGAGCAGCAGCAGCUACUGGAGCGGCAUCCUCGGCAUGGUGGUCAGCUCGGAGCCGCCAUUUCUCUAGGGCGGGGCGGGGCGGGGUCCCUCCCUUCUAGGCUGCACAUUUUCCUCCUUCUUCUUCGGUCAGAACUUGCGCCAAAAUCCACUGAAUCGUCUGCUGUGACUGUGAGGAUGCAGUAAAUAAACUCUGUAUUACGGAGUAAGUAAAAAAGGAUCAAGACGAGUGCGUGUUGAACAAUAAGUCAUGCAGGACCGACGACAGUGUAGUUAAUGGCGCACGGACUUUACAGUUGGUUGGUUGGUUGAAUGCCCGAGCUGCCGUGUUUCCCUUUGCCUUGAUCCGGAUCAAAACCCAGAAUGAUUGACCGGUACUGCUCAUGCUCAGAUCGAAGCUUCGGUCCCCGUCAGAGACCUGCCUGGCUGCUGUGGACCUUUGUUUUGGCAUAAAUGAGGGAAUUUUCACAGUGAUUCAA